CGGCCUCUCACGCCUGCUCUCGCUGCCACAUACGGGCGAGGCCAAGGUUGCACUCCACGCAGCCAGCGCCCCGGCAGCAGCCGCACACAGCCUCUUCCCCCCUGAACCACCACCCCGCCCUCCCUUGUCACGCCCCUGCCCCUGCCUCCCUCCCUUCCCCGGCAAUGGAGGCGCCUCCUUCCCCGCGGCGGCUGCUGGCGGUGGUGCUGGCGGCGGUGGCGCUGCUCGUAUCCUCCCCUUGCAGCGCGCUCCUCUCCGCCAAGGGCGUCAACAUUGAAGUGCAAGCGCUGAUUGGGAUCAAGAACCAGCUCAAGGACCCCCACGGCGUGCUCAAGAACUGGGACCAGUACUCCGUCGACCCCUGCAGCUUCACCAUGAUCACCUGCUCGUCCGACAACUUCGUCACCGGCCUGGAGGCUCCAAGCCAGAAUCUCUCAGGCCUGCUCGCCCCAAGCAUAGGAAACCUGACCAGCCUGGAGACUAUUCUUCUGCAGAACAACAUCAUAACCGGGCCAAUCCCAGCCGAGAUUGGCAACCUGGCAAGUCUCAAGACACUUGACCUCUCUGGCAACAAUUUCUAUGGUGAAAUCCCACCAUCCGUGGGCCACCUUGAGAGCCUCCAGUACCUGAGGCUCAACAACAACACCCUGUCCGGUCCAUUCCCUACAGCGUCGACUAAUCUGUCGCACCUUGUUUUCCUAGAUUUGUCAUACAAUAACCUGAGUGGCCCGAUACCAGGAUCUUUGGCAAGAACAUACAACAUAGUUGGAAAUCCUCUCAUAUGCGCUGCAAAUACGGAGAAAGAUUGUUACGGGACUGCGCCGAUGCCAAUGACCUACAAUCUUUCACAAGGCACUCCGCCGACGAAAGCUAAAAGCCACAAGUUUGCAGUUGCAUUUGGUGCUGUAACUGGUUGCAUGAGCUUCCUCUUUCUUGCUGCCGGAUUCUUGUUCUGGUGGAGACAGCGUCGGAACAGGCAGAUACUUUUCGAUGACGAAGAUCAACACAUGGAUAACGUUAGCCUUGGAAAUGUCAGGAGGUUCCAGUUCAGGGAGCUGCAGGUUGCAACAGAAAAAUUCAGCAGCAAGAACAUACUCGGAAAAGGCGGCUUCGGACACGUUUACAGGGGGCAGCUUCCCGAUGGGACUCUUGUGGCUGUCAAACGACUCAAGGAUGGUAAUGCUGCGGGUGGUGAGUCACAGUUCAAGACUGAAGUUGAAAUGAUCAGCUUGGCAGUGCACCGGAACCUCCUUAGGAUUCUGGGGUUCUGUAUGACUGCCACAGAGAGGUUACUAGUUUAUCCAUACAUGUCAAAUGGAAGCGUCGCUUCGCGCCUGAAAGGAAAGCCACCUUUGGACUGGAUCACUAGGAAGAGGAUAGCCCUUGGAGCAGCAAGAGGUCUACUUUACCUUCAUGAGCAGUGUGACCCAAAGAUCAUCCACAGAGACGUCAAGGCAGCCAACGUGUUGCUGGACGAUUGCUGUGAGGCCAUCGUUGGUGAUUUCGGGCUUGCAAAGCUCCUUGAUCACCAGGAUUCGCACGUCACCACUGCAGUGCGGGGCACCGUUGGGCAUAUCGCGCCUGAGUACCUCUCCACUGGGCAGUCAUCCGAGAAAACAGACGUCUUCGGGUUUGGCAUCCUGCUGCUGGAGCUGAUCACCGGCCAGACAGCGCUGGAGUUCGGAAAGGCAUCAAAUCAGAAGGGAGCCAUGCUGGAUUGGGUGAAGAAGAUGCACCAGGAGAAGAAACUUGAUGUACUGGUUGACAAGGGUCUGCGGAGCAGCUACGACCGGAUCGAGCUCGAGGAGAUGGUGCAGGUGGCGCUCCUUUGCACACAGUACCUCCCAGGCCACCGACCGAGGAUGUCGGAGGUGGUUCGCAUGCUGGAAGGCGACGGGCUUGCGGAACGGUGGCAAGCGUCGCAGCGAGCCGACUCACACAAGUUCACCGUGCCUGAGUUCACCUUCAGCCGCUGCUACUCCGACCUGACCGACGACUCGUCAUUGCUGGUGCAGGCCGUCGAGCUCUCCGGGCCAAGAUGACAUGGUCACCAAGUGACCACAGAACACCAAGCAGCAGCCCUUGUACAGCAUGAUAAUCCUAUGUAGAUUUGGAAAUAAUCCAAUACUGAAGUAAAGUAUAAAUAGUGAUGUAUGUAUCUUAGAUGAAGUGUACACAGGAGAGUGCCCCAACUCCCUGGAAUGGUAUUGAACUAUUAAUAUUACAGAUUUCUAGCUGAAACAAUAAGACUAGUUGUAACUUGUAACAAGGGGCUUCUCUUGAAGUUGUAAAGUUUUGAUUUGCCCAGUUUGUAUUUUCUC